AUGCCGCAACGUCCCCUAUAUAUAGUAACCACAGGAAGGUAUAAUCAUGCAGUACCAGUAUCGGUCUUCAUUGGAUUAAGUACUAGUGUUUCCAACGAAAUAAUGUACUCCAAAUUCAUCAUUGUCUUAGCGACAGUUUGUAUAGCAAACGCUUCUGUGGUCAUCAACGUCUUUGAUGAUGAUCCUGAUUUUGGUGUGAAGAGUGAAGAAAAAGAUUGCAACCCUACCGCCUGUGACCAGCUCUGCCGUAGACUCAAGUUCCCCGGUGGUGUUUGUGUGAACGGACGCUGCAAAUGUGACAACUUCCUCAGUGAAAAUGAUAUUGAACCUGAAAUAUCAAACUACAGUCAGUUAGAGGAUUUGGGAGUUAAGGAAGCAGUGUUAGAAUUAUCGCCGUCUGAUUUAGAAGCAAUGUCUUCACUCGAAGAUGAGCCUCUAUCUGAGGUUGAAGAAGCUGAGAGAAGCAGUUGUAGCCUUUCUGCCUGCGAACAAUACUGCCACAGACUCAAGCUGCCCGGUGGUGCCUGUGUGAACGGCCGCUGCAAGUGCGACAAGUUUCUUGCUGAAGAAGUUGAAUUAGACAAUGAGUUUUCGGCAAACGACUGCAACCCUACCGCCUGUGACCAGCUCUGCCGUAGACUCAAGUUCCCCGGUGGUGUUUGUGUCAAUGGACGUUGCAAAUGUGACAAUUUCCGUAACGCUGAAGAAGCAGUGUUAGAAUUAUCACCCUACGACUUAGAAGCAUUCUCUGCACUGGAAGAUGAGCCCUUAUCUGAAGCCGAAGAAGUUGAGAGGAGCAGUUGCAGCCUUUCUGCCUGCGAACAAUACUGCCACAGACUCAAACUGCCCGGUGGUACCUGCGUGAACGGCCGCUGCAAGUGCGAUAAGUUUCUUAGUGAUCAAGAUACCAUUAACAUCUCAGCUGUAUCACCAAAAGAUUUAGUUUGCAUCCCUGAUGAAUGUGAACAACAAUGUCGCAAAAUUGGCUUUCCGGGUGGUGCUUGUGGCCCCACGGACACAAGCAACACUAUCUGUCGAUGCAACGCCUCUUUUCAAACAGGAGUUGAGACAUUUACUCCAGACGUCCAUGAAGUGACACCAGCAAAGCUUAUUGCAAACGAUUGUGACCUCAGAUCUUGUGAGUUCAUUUGUCGUACAAUGAAAUUGGCCCGUGGCGCCUGCAUCGCCGGUCGCUGCCAAUGCUUUUUACCAGCAGGUUUGGUUGACGCCAACUCCGCACCCGUUCUGGAACCAGCAAAGAAUCAAAGUCACGGUAAAUGCAGACAAGGACUGUGUGACCUGAUCUGUCGCAAACUGAAGUACGAUCGUGGUGAAUGUGUCGAUAACAAAUGCAAAUGUUACAAAAAUGAAGGUCCAGUCAAAGUAAACUUUGGAUCAGUUGUGGAACCAGCAAGGAAUAACACUCACGGUAAAUGCAGACAAGGAUUAUGUGAUUUGGUAUGCAAAAAAUUGAAGUACAAUCGCGGUGAAUGUGUCGACAACAAGUGCAAAUGCUACAGAGAUGAAGCUAAGAGUGAAAAUGAUAUGUCUGUAUCUAAAUUCUCAGAAAACCUUACCAAAGUGAAAUGUACCAAACGUGUAUGUGACCGCAUGUGUCGCUCACUAGAUUACAAAGGGGGUAACUGUAAGAAUGGUAAAUGUUGGUGCUACGGUCCACCCAAAAAGUCGGGUCGAUUGAUGUUACAAGAUACCGAUAAUGAAGAACCAGAACAAACUAAACAGGACGUCAGCUUGGAAAAAGAUGACAACAAUGUGCCCAUUGCUGAACUCCCAAAAGUCAAAUGUACUAAAGGUGUAUGCGACCAAAUGUGUCGUUCCUUAGAUUAUAAAGGGGGUAACUGCAAGAAUGGUAAAUGUUGGUGCUAUGGUCCACCCAAGAAGCCAGCUCGAUCCGGCGUAGAAGAAGCUGCCAAUGAGGAACAAAAAGAAAUUAGCUUGGACGACGCUACAGAAAAAGCUCCUCCGAUGUACAGAGCCCUCAACAAAGUAGAAAAAGAAGUAAGCCAAGACGACGCUACAGAAAAAGCCCCUCCGAUGUACAGAGCACUCAACAAAGAAGAAAAAGGAGUAAGCCAAGACGACGCUACAGAAAAAGCUCCUCCGAUGUACAGAACCCUCAACAAAGAAGAAAAAGAUGUAAGCCAAGACGACACUACUGAAAAAGUGAAAUCUGUUUCGCGUCAUCGUCGAUCAAUGUGCAAUAGCGUUCUGUGCAGGGAGGCGUGCAAAAAAACCAGUAUCAUAGGCCUUUGUAUAUACCACGAAUGUUACUGUUUCUAA